ACGUGUGACAGCGACGCGCCUGGCUGUAACCGUGAGGAGGACCGCCUCGCGGAUCUGGAGUCACACCUGGAUCCACUGGAACCGGAUUUACUCUUCUGGAAAGAGCGAAGCGAAGCCUGAUUUUGUGGCGUCCACCGUGCGUAAAGACUGUGCGUAAAGACUGUGCGUAAAGACUGUGCGUAAAGACUGCGCCAAAACGGACUUUUUCCUUUGCUCUGCCCUUUGCGCAUUCAAGAGUCAACCUCCGGACACACACACACAGACACACACACGCUCUCAGGUCUCAGUGCACACACGUGUUUGCUGCAGAGGAGGAUGAGAUGAGCUGCGGCUCCGGUGGAUGAAACGUCAACAUGUCCUUUACGCACCGGAUCGUGCUGCUGCUGCUCGGCCUCAGCCUCGUCCUCACGGUCGAGGGAAAGUUUCCCAACUGUCAGUUCCACUGGGAGAUCGAGAGAGCGGAGAGAGAGUGUGACACGCAACUGCAGCAACAGCAGACUGCCUCCAGCACAGGAUGUCACGGGCAGUGGUACAAAGUCGCCUGUUGGCAGAGCGCGGCGCUCGGCGAGGUGAAGACCCUCCCCUGCCCCUCCGCCCUCAUUCACCUCUUUGGAAAAAGUGGAAACCUCAGCAGGAACUGCACCGAGCGCGGCUGGUCCGACGUCUACCCGCUCAUCUUCCUCGCCUGCGGCUCCACCAGCGACGAAGACGACCCCAGUGAGCUGGUUUUCUACAGGAUGGUGAGGAUCCUGUCGACUCUGGGCCACAGCCUGUCGCUCAUCACGCUGCUCACCAGCACCGUCAUCAUCUGUGUAUUCAGGAGGCUCCACUGCAUGAGGAACUACAUCCAUCUGAACCUGUUUGUGUCGUUCAUGCUGCGAGCCGUGGCCGUGCUGGCCAAAGACGCUCUGCUCUUCUCAGACGAUGAAAACACCGACUGCAGCGUGCAGCCGUCACUGGUGGGCUGUAAAUCCAGUCUGGUCUUCUUCAACUACUUCAUCAUGGCGAACUUCUUCUGGCUGCUGGUGGAGGGUCUGUACCUGCACAUGCUGCUGCUCGUCAUCCACACCUACUCCACCCGGCUGUCGGUCUACAUGCUCAUCGGCUGGGGAAUCCCGUUUGUCUUCAUGGUGGCGUGGGUCGUAUGUCGUGUAACUCUGGAGGACACCAGGUGCUGGGAGACGAAUGAAAACCCCAUUCCCAACAGACUCAUGAACUGGCCCAUCAUGGCGUCUGUCAUUAUCAACUUCGUGUUGUUCAUCAGCAUCAUUCGGAUCCUGGUGCAGAAGCUGCGCUGCACGGACGUGGGAGGAAACGAGCAGUCACAGUACAGACGCCUGGCGAAGUCCACCCUGCUGCUGAUCCCUCUGUUCGGGAUGAACUACAUGGUGUUCGUCUACCUGAUGGAGCCUCCGAAUAAAAACAUGAACCGCAUCAAGAUCUUCUUCGAACUCGGCCUCGGAUCCUUCCAGGGUCUGAUCGUGGCCGUCCUGUACUGCUUCCUGAACAGCGAGGUCCAGAGCGAGCUGAGGAGGACGUGGAGGGGCGUGUCCCUCAAGCAGUGCGUGGGGCGGGACUACAGGCCGCACGCCGCGUCGGUCGGCCGGAACGGCACCGAGAGCUCCGCCCAGUUUCCCAGGAGCUCCCGCGCCCCGUCCAUCCAGCAGACGGAGACCACCGUCCUCUGACCAGAGACGGACGGAGACUCGAGGUCUGGACAGUGAAGCCACUGCGGAAGUGCCUGAAACCUGUAUUCUCCUGAGUGGCCAGCAGGGGGCGACUCCACUUGAUGCAAAAAGACGUUUCUGUAGAGAUUUAAUGUCUCGAUCUCUGGUUUCAAGUCUUCUUCAACACAACUGAGGUUCAUUUAAUAAAUGAUGGUCCAUUUAGAGUCAGAUAGACCAUAGAGCACGGUACGCAGUGGGGUGCAGGGUGAUUGACAGCUAGUACCGUCCAAUGGGUGUAGAUGGCAGGUGGAGGUGGGCUUGCAGCUCUAAAGCCAACAGGUGGUGUCACGAUGUGUUGACACUCGAGAGGACGAGGGACGAGGACGUCUUUUUGUUUCUUAAACUCUCAGAACUCGUUUUCAAAGAGACGCCGGACACACGGAGACUUUCACAACCUGCGACUCACAGACGUUUCUGAGGCGAAAGACUUUUUUCUGAUUUCAGACAAACACGGUUCUGCUAACAGUCCAUCGAACUGUUCCUGCUGGAAUCCCGUGGAGCAGAAAAUAUACUCUCCCUCUAUAAUUUGAUAUUAUAACUGAUAUUCCUCAUAUUCUCUGUCAUUUAAAAGUAUUCCUCAGUCCCGGCUGAAUGUAUCACCUGCUGGUAACUUGCUCUGAAGUCUUCGUGUUAAUGUCACUAAACAUAUAUAGAAAUAUAUAUACAAAGCUACAUUUAACUUUUUUUAAUCUUCAAAACAAAGAGAAUUUAACCCCAAUGAUUAAAGACGAUUCCAUCAUGUGUUGGUGGAGAAUCACAGAUUUUGACAAUCAUAAUUAUAUUAAUAGUUUUAGUUUUUCAGGGCCCAGGGAAGCCGAGUAUAUGUAAUUAUUCUUUUUACUUGUGGCCGAUUCAAAUUAAGGAUCUCACUUGUUUUUGUUUUCAACCCCAUUUAUUGUACUUUUUAUGAUCUAUAUCUUAAACUAUAAUAAAUUACUAUAAUUCGCUGCAGGUUCCAUUAAAAAGUGAAGUGAUGAUGUGUGAGAUUCACUGAUCAGACAGCAGAUAUAUAACAGACACUGAACAUCUCAAUCCAAGGGACUCGGGGGGGCAGCAGUGUUUCAGGUUCACUUCAAGCCAAAAGAAGAAAACAAUAACAGUAAACAUCGCCUUGUACAUUUUAUAUCAUUUGUGUUUUUUGUUUUUUUUACAUCUUUAAGUACCAUGAUGUAGAUUACUGUGUGUAUGUUCCUGAGCAUCAAUGUCAUUUAUAAGCUUUGGAAUACAACUGUAAACCUGUGAUUUCAUAUAUUUUAAAAGCUUUUAUUGUGAA